GUCGCUUCCUGAAAGACUCCCGCGACCCAGCGGCUGAGAGUAUUCAGUGGGCACAGCCUGGCAGAAAGAUGGACAUGUAACCUAGCACCGGCUGUUGACCUGUCUGUCACCUUGAUGACUUCUCCUUUGGGUGCCUUCGCAGUCCAGUUCCCACAGCCUUCAAUCAGUGGCCUCUCACAGAUCACCAAGAGCCUGUUCAUCAGCAAUGGUGUGGCUGCCAACAACAAGCUCCUGCUGUCCAGCAAUCAGAUCACCACGGUCAUCAACGUCUCAGUAGAGGUCGCCAACACCUUCUACGAGGAUAUCCAGUAUGUGCAGGUGCCUGUGAUUGAUGCGCCCAUUGCGCGUCUCUGCGAUUUCUUCGACCCCAUCGCUGACCAUAUCCAUUCCGUGGAAAUGAAGCAGGGCCGCACCCUGCUGCACUGUGCUGCUGGUGUGAGCCGCUCAGCUGCCCUGUGCCUCGCCUACCUCAUGAAAUACCACGCCAUGACCCUUCUAGAUGCCCACACUUGGACCAAAUCAUGCCGGCCCAUCAUUCGACCCAACAAUGGCUUUUGGGAGCAGCUCAUCCAUUAUGAGUUCCAGCUGUUUGGCAAGAAUACAAUGCACAUGGUUAACUCCCCAAUGGGACUGAUCCCAGACAUCUACGAGAAGGAGAUCCGUUUUAUGAUUCCACUGUAAGCCAAC